AUGAAAGGUAUUCUAUCUCGGAAACUCAAACUUGAGGACUUGGAGACUGUGGCUUUGACCGAGGAGUGUAGUGCGGUGUUGCAGCAGAAAUUGCCUCCGAAGCUGAAGGAUCCGGGAAGUUUCACAAUCCCGUGUACUAUUGGAAAGAUAUCUUUCGACAAGUGCUUGUGUGACUUGGGAGCUAGCAUCAAUCUGAUGCCGUUAUCUGUCUUCAAGAAACUUGGUCUGCCAGAGCCGAAACCUACAAACAUGUACUUACAACUGGCUGAUCGGUCCAUCACAUACCCGAGAGUGUUCAACGCAAUGAAAUUUCCAACUGACGAAGAAGAAUGCUUUAAGGUGGAGCCAAUAGAAGCUGCAGCUCAUCCAGAAAUUGACCCAAGGCUGAAAACUGACAUCUUGGAAAGGGUUCUAACAGGUGAAGCUGAAUUCGGAGGUGAAGAGGAAGUAGAGCAACUUCAGUUCUUGAAUACAUCUCCAUGGAAGAGGAAGGUUGAUAUUCCAUUCGAGUCUCAAGGAGUAACAGAGCUUAAAAAUGUUCAGGAGCAUCUUAAACCAUCUAUUGAAGAAGCUCCAAAUUUCGAACUCAAACUACCACCUGAUCACUUAAGUGAUGUGCAGUUGAGGAGGAUUUGA